GUUGAACACGAGUGGAAGCAGCACAUCAAUACCUCGAGAAGUCGAGGAUAUCGGUUGCCCUUCCCUUUGCUCCAUGUGACGGAGAGACCGAUCGAUUCUUGGAUGUCUGCUCGGCUCAGCAAAGGGCAUUCCUCGUCUGGUCGUGUCCUCGACCACGGUCCUGAUGGUGACACGGGUAUGUCCGAAUCGGAGGACGGCGCGUCCGUCUCGACCAUUCCACUCGAAGACCAGAGCACCACAAGCGAUAGCAACGAUUAUCGGCAGACGACCAUGGUGAUAAGGGCGCGCAAAGCCCCCUUAUGCCGGGUCCGCGAGGCAUGGUGGUGCAGCAACGACGGACACAACGCAAGUGACGACUCCCCCUCUCCUACGUCAAACUCCAGCGUUUCAACAUCCAGCUCGUUCUCCUCGGAGUGCAGUUCUUGCUUGUCCUCCGAGGAACCGUUCGAUGGCAAGUCGCGGAAUGUCCGGUGUGUGCGCGAGGAGCCGCGUCGUCAUUGGCUGUCUCCGCUCUACAAGCGUCGCAAGGGGAGUGAAGCCGCCUAUGGCGUAUCAAGCCCGUACAUGGAUCGUAGCUUCCGAGAGCUCGAGGUGGAGGGCGCACAGUUCUGAGGCGGGAGAGAGGGAGAAUGGAUUGUGGUUGAGGAGGCGCGAGGGAGCGGGGGCAGAACGAUCGAUGGAGGCAAGAACGGCCGGCUUGGCAAAUCAUCCCGCGCACAGUUGGGCUAGACAGAUGCUUCUUUGUGCUAUUGCCUGCUGGGGCCGCUCGUCGACGGAGAUACGGAGCACGAUCCACGGGUGUGUUCGAUGUUCGC